CCAUUCGAGUUCAUUGCUGUAAAGCAAGUAAACCGAGAACGACACCACCUCCAUCUCUCUAUCUCUCGCGCUCCCCUCUUGUUCCUCCUCGCAGAUCCCAACCUCAUUUCCGCCAUCUCCCCCAACACACAUUACCCAAAUUCCAAACUGAAAAGAAUUCGCGAACCUUCCACCGCACUCAACAUUCAACAACUUCAACCAAAAGAAAAAAGAAGUGAUGCCCCUCCUCACUCCCUGAAUUAGAAAAAGAGAAGAGAGAAUAAGCCAUGGACUCCCCACCUUCCCAACAUCACCAGUGGGGAAGGUCACCAACGGAAUCUCCAAGCCAUUCCCGGCACAACAGCCACGGCCACGGCCACAACAACCUUAUUAGAACCUCUUCGUCUUCUUCACACCUCACCAAAUCAAACUCCGGCAACAUAAAUUCUCUCUCCUCAAUCCUCAACAACCCUCAUGCGUCCGAAGCCAACGCCUCCUGGGUCGCCUGGUGGUCCUCCUCCACGGUCCUCGCCCCUCCCGACUUCGCCCCCAUCGCCGCCACCAAAGCCGCCUCCGACAUCACCCGAUCCGACUUCAACACCUACCUUACCCCUAUCUCCGAACCCUACCACCGCUUCGAGGACAUCCGCAACCACGCUUCCAAGGAGAUCGGGGAUUUGUCGUCGUUGCCAUCGUCGUCCUCGUUAGAUGGUGGUGGUGGCGGUGGUGCUGGGGAGGCGCUCGUUGCGUGCCUGCGGGAGGUGCCGGCGCUUUACUUCAAGGAGGACUUCAGGCUGGAAGACGGGGCGACGUUCAAGGCCGCUUGCCCGUUCUCCGGCAUGGCGGAGAAUCUGGCGCUGCAGGAGAAGCUCUCGCACUAUUUGGAUGUGGUGGAGCUGCACCUGGUGAGGGAGAUCUCGCUCCGGUCGAGCUCGUUCUUCGAGGCCCAGGGGCAGCUGCAGGACCUCAACGCAAAGAUCGUUGAAGGAUGCGCUCGGAUUCGACAGCUUAAGGAAACGAUUAGGCUCAUCGAUUCGGAUCUGGUCGAGUCUGCUAGGCAGAUUCAGGAGCUUAAUGGCACCAGGACCAACCUCCUCGCCCUUCAACAGAAAUUGAGGCUUAUAUUUUACGUCAACCAAGCUGUUUCUGCUCUUAAAUUGCUUGUUGCAUCUGCAGAUUGUGCCGGGGCGCUAGAUGUAACAGAUGAUUUGCAGCAUUUGCUGGAUGGAGAUGAGCUGACUGGUCUGCAUUGCUUUCGUCAUCUUAGAGAUCAUGUAAUAGGUUUUAUAGAAUCCAUAAACAGCAUUCUUUCAGCAGAAUUUAUUCGAACUUCCAUACAUGAUGCCUUGGAAACAGAUGUGAGAAUUUUAUCCAAAGCCAAAGCAAGGGCUUCCCUUUCUGUGAAUGGAAAAGAUAAUGAAGUAAAGUUGGAAGAAGAAGAAACUACUAAUCUCAAAGAUCGUCUUCUUCCUACUGUAAUUGGAUUGCUUAGAACAGCUAAACUUCCCUCUGUUCUGAGGAUCUAUCGGGAUACUCUAACUACUGAUAUGAAGAGUGCUAUUAAGACUGCUGUUGCUGAGUUGCUUCCGGUUCUUGUUGCACGAGGUUCAGAUUUAGAGUUCUUUUCUGGAGACAGAGCUGUAGAUGCAGAUGGUGGUGGUGCAUCACUUGCUAGCAAGUUGAGGAGCCUAUCAUCUGAUUGCUUUGUGCAUCUUCUUAGUGCUAUUUUCAUGAUAGUAGAGGCACAUUUAGUGCGGGCGGCUGAAGUGAAAAGGGCCAUUGAAUGGAUUUUGAACAACCGUGAUGGUCAUUAUGCUGCUGAUUCUGUUGCUGCUGCAAUUGCUCAUGGUGCUGCGGCUGCAGAAACACCGAAUGAAAGCGAAGUUCACAGUCAUACAUUAUUGUCACAUUCACCACGACGAAAUGGUGCAAGGGGUUCGUUUCAGGGAAGAGUAGUUGAUGCUGCAAGCUCUGCAAACAUGUCAAAAAAUUUCAGAGCUGAUGUAUUGCGAGAAAACGCAGAAGCUGUAUUUGCAGCAUGUGAUGCUGCUCAUGGAAGAUGGGCAAAGCUUCUUGGGGUCCGUGCUGUUCUCCAUCCAAGGCUGAAAUUGCAGGAGUUUCUGAACAUAUAUAACAUCACCCAGGAAUUCAUUACUGCUACAGAAAAAGUUGGUGGAAGAUUGGGAUACAGCAUCCGUGGGACACUGCAGUCUCAGGCCAAAGCCUUUGUUGAUUUCCAGCAUGAAUCUCGGAUGACAAAAAUUAGGGCAGUGCUUGACCAAGAAACAUGGGUGGAGAUAGAUAUUCCAGAUGAAUUUCAAUCCAUUAUCAAAGUGGUUUUUUCAUCUGACGCAUUGCAUUCUGAGAACCUUAAUGAAUCUGAGGAUGUUAAUUCAACUAGUUACAAAGAUGUUCUGCCAACAUCAGACACUGGACAGUCAAAUGCUGAACAACCUGAGGAGCAGAGUAAUUCCACUGAAUUGGCUACUACUGAAUUAGAUAACACUAAAGCCCAGGCUGAUUCAAUUGAAAGUAGAGCUAAUAGUAAAAUUUCAUCAGCACAAAGUAAAAAUACAGAGAAAGAUCAUAAAAAAUCUGCAUCUCAGGCUCUUUACUACAAAGGUGUUGGUUAUCACAUGGUAAACUGUGGCUUAAUAUUGCUGAAGAUGCUGUCAGAGUACAUUGAUAUGAACAACCUGUUGCCGUCACUUUCUUCAGAAGUUGUACAUCGUGUGGUAGAAAUUUUGAAAUUUUUCAACACACGAACUUGUCAACUUGUGCUUGGGGCUGGUGCUAUGCAGGUGGUGUCUGGUUUGAAGUCCAUCACUUCGAAACAUCUGGCAUUGGCAAGUCAAGUCAUUAGUUUUACCCAUGCUAUUAUUCCUGAAAUUCGGCAUAUUCUUUUUCUAAAAGUACCGGAGACUAGAAAAGCCUUAUUGCUUUCGGAGAUUGAUCGAGUUGCUCAGGAUUAUAAAGUUCACAGAGAUGAAAUACAUUCCAAAUUAGUUCAGAUAAUGCGAGAGAGAUUACUGGUCCAUUUGCGUGGGUUGCCUCAAAUUGUUGAGAGUUGGAAUAGACCUGAGGAUACUGAUCCCCAGCCUAGUCAGUUUGCCAAGUCUCUUACAAAGGAAGUUGGAUACCUCCAACGUGUUCUGUCUCGUACUUUGCAUGAAGAUGAUGUUCAAGCAAUCUUCAGGCAAGUUGUCGUCAUAUUUCACUCACAAAUUUCGGAAGCAUUUUCGAAAUUUGAUAUAACCACCUCCCAAGCACAGAAUAGGCUCCAACGAGAUAUCAAACAUAUUCUUCAAUGUAUACGGUCUUUACCAACGGGCGACUUGAGUAAAUCAGAUACCCCAAAUUGGGGGCAGCUGGAUGAAUUCAUGGUGCAAAAAUUUGGGACUGAUGCUGUUCAGUAAAAGAAAUUGUAAAGUAGCAACUCAAUUGGUUAUGUUGGAAGGCUAACAUACUUUGGAGGAUGUGGGGGUGAUGUUAACCUUCUUCACUCUGCAUUUUUGUGUAACACUAAGUUGAGGAGGGUCUGGAGGGAGAGUAAAGAUGGGGUUGUUGGCCAUACGAUGGUUAAAAGGCCUUCGGUUGGUCCUCAUAGAUAUACAAAUUAAUAUAUUAUUUCUGAGCAUUGUGCAGCCGUGAUUGGUCGCUUAAGGCAGAAGUUUUGUAGCAGUCACUGUUGAUAUUCAAUUAUUGGUUUGUCUCUAUAAUUGUAAUGUUAUGUUGAAAAUAGAUAUUUGAUUUAGUGAAUGAAUCGUCCCCUUCAGCUUUCUUUCAUUUCAUUCACGAAUAUACAAUACAUCCAUCAAUAUGUAUACAAUUCAACAAAUCUGUAGUCACGUACCAAUUCGUGUGUUGUUAAAAUGGGAUGUGUGCAUAUUUCGAGGUUCCUAAAUGAUAACUGAUAAAAUAAAGAUUUCCUGAUGCUUAUUCAAGCAAGAAAACUCACGGAAUAUCAGACUGCAUAUUAAGAGUUAUGAACGGAAGCCAUUAGCAGGAAGUUAGGGGACAGGUGUUCAUACAUUUUCUUUAAUUUAACCAAUUUGGUGCCUUCGAACUUUGUAAGAGCUUACGUUUUAUGAACUCUAAUGUAAAGAGGUUUUUGUUUUUAAUUUGUAUUAUAUUAUUUAAAACGGAAAAGUUUUACAUUCAUGUAAAAAUUUUAUGGA